GAGUACUAUAAUAUGCCGCAACACAAGAUAAAUCAAACAAAACACAUUUACAUAUAAAAACUUUACAUACGCAAGGAUUGAUCUGACAAAAACUAUUAAUAUUAAUUAAUUUUAAUCAAUAAUCCAUCACAUUCUCUAGAUAAGUUUUCCACACUGACUGAUGAUGAGGUGGCCGUGUUAUUCUGUUUUCUGUGUUCUGACUCCGGUCCUCCUGACUUCACUGACACAGAGUGGCUGGACAAGCUUAAUGCGAUAGGACGGAGAGUGUACGGUUAUAGAAAUCCUGUAACACGUGAGGAAGCAAAGCAGACCCUGGACAGACUGAAGUCACGUGAUUACCUUUGGGAAGAUCAGGACAAGAUAACGGAGGACACAAAAGAUGAGACAAUGUAUAGAAUAGCAUCAAGAAGCCGUGAUAUACCAUUCUAUUACAGUAGUUAUGACACAGCCAGUGUGUACCUGAGAUCACGGAGAUACAACAGAGAACCUGGAGAGAAGUGUGUGCGUGGUCCUAUUUUUGAUGCCUUACUGAUACUCCGUCUACAGAUGAACAUACUGACUCACGUCACCAUGAAGGACACGAGAAUUUUUAACACAAUUUACAGGAUAUUGAAUAUUCCAUACAAUAAACUGAACGAGGAUGAGGAUAAAAGGAAACAAUUACUAAUAGAUCUAAGAAGAGAAGGGGAGUCUGUACAUUACAGAGGUAGAUCACAUGACAGUGUAGAUCACGUGACGUGGCUCCUGAGAUACAGUAGACCUGACAUCGUGAGAUCCUGUAUAGGUCUACAUCCACACCAUGAUAUUUAUAUAAUCGACAACAAAGCUUACAGAAAACCAAGUGAACUUCGUAACAAUCCACCGGGUGUCAGGUGUCUACUGUAUUCUCUACUGUUAACAGAGAAAUAUCAGCUGAAUCUCAAUAAACAAUCUUACAGAAUCACACUGGAAAUCAGAGACAGAUAUUUCCAUAAUAUUACUGAUGACGACUCGGUAGAUCUUCCUGAUGGAAUCACAGAAACACAUAAUGGUGUGAUGACGUUUAUAUCAGACGACAUCAGGCAUGACGUCAUGUACGCCUUUGUUACGGAGUGUCUGUUGGAGGAGAGCGAUCUGGAGUUUUGUCUGACCACGGCGUCACGUGACGUGAUAUCAGAAUACUGCCGGUCCUGGGAUUAUAGGAGGAGUGAGGGAGAGAGAUGUCUGUAUUUACCGGAGAAGCCAGAGAAGAUGUACGACCUUUUCAUAGACAAACUACAGCUGGACAUCAUCACACACUGUACCGUGUCUGACGAUGGGAUUCAUGACAGGAUCAGCAAAAAGUUGAACAUACCUGAAGAAGUGUUAAAAUGGGGUUUAGAAGAAAGAAAACGAUUUGUACGCAAUAUGAAAGAAGACAAUGUCCCUAUGUAUCGUGCGAGGUGUCUCCUCGUGGGCUGUACAGGAGCAGGGAAGACAACUGUACUUCGUAAUCUGAAGAGAGAGAAAGGGAGGGAAACCAGACAACCAACAAAGACAACUAUCGGAUUGGACGUUCAUCAGGAUCUGUUUCUUAUUAGACAAUCUGAAGAUGACAAUAACAGCACUUUAUUCGACUAUGAAAGUUAUACAGCUCCCCUUGCAGAAAGCUACGUAAAGCAAUUACUGAGUGUGAUGGACUUCGCAGGACAGGCAGCUUAUUACGCCUGUCACCAGGUCUACUUAUCACAUAGAGCAAUCUAUCUGUUAGUCGUGGACAUGACCCAAAACUUAAACACGAAAUUAGAACAAGAUGACAGAAAUUGUGUUAAGGGCACCCUGUUUGAAGAAUGGACUGCACUAGAAUACUUCACCUUCUGGCUGCAGACAAUUAGAACAUAUAGCAAGGAAGACGGUUACACAGGUUAUCAAAGAAUACAUCAUAUUACCGGAAGCAGUGAACAAGGGAAAACAUUGACACCUAUCAUUGUACUAGAAACACAUAAAGAUUCUUACAAAAAUUCAAAGGCCAGUGAAGAGGAUGCCUCUGCAUAUGGAAGUUUUUUCAUAAAACUACGCAAACAUAUACCAGGAAAUAUUAAAAACCUUGUUUGUAAAGAUUUUGAGCUGGAACUUCCUCCAGGAGAAAGAUCACAAGAUGAGCUUCGAGAACUUGAAAAACUUAGACGCUACAUUGCAAAAACUGCAGAAUCCCUUCCACACUGGGGAGAAAGAGUACCAAAGCAGUGGUCUGAUUUUGAACAAAUUAUUCGAGACAGAAAACGUGAAGGAUUGAAAAUUUUAUCUAAAGAGGAGCUUCAGAAAUUCAUAGAAAACUCAACGGAGUAUGAUUUUGGAGAUAUUCUGAAAUUUUAUCACGAAAUUGGAUUGAUUCUGUAUUUUCCAGAUUUAGGUGAUGACAUUAUUCUGGACAUACAGUGGUUUGUUGACGCAUUUAAACACAUUAUAACUGAUCGGAAGCAUGUGCCAACAAAAAUGGCUUCUCACGAAGAUUGGGAUCAAUAUUUUGAUGAUGGUAUGAUAACAGAGUCCUUGAUGCUCGAAAUUUGGGAGGAUAUUGGAAAUGAUUCCACUUAUGCCAAAUAUCUGAAUAGGAUAACACCUUUUAUGGAGAAACUUGGCAUCCUUGCAAAAAUGAAUAGAAAAGAUACGACAGAAAGUCAAUGCUACUAUAUCCCAAGCAUGAACAAAAGUCAAUUUGAGAAAGGGGAACAAUGGACAAAAUUGAAUAAGACACCAAUACUCUCAUUUUACUUCAAGACAUAUUUACCCCACUUCUUUUUCUUUCGCCUUGUUGUUGCUUGCUUCGCCCUUUUGGAUACCCAAGCCAAGGAGGUUUACAAAAAUAUUGCAUUUUUCUGCGGAUCUGAAAAAGAUGAGUAUCAUACCGUUGCUAUUGCAGUCAACAAAACAUCGAUUCAACUGCAGGUGCUCACUCCAUCAGGAAAUGACAUACCACUACGCACGGAAAGAACACGAGAUAUCCGUUUCAAAAUAGAAAAGAAAAUAGCAGAACUUACAAAAACAUUUCAUGGAAAUGUAGAUUACGAGAUAGGUUUCCCUUGUUCAUGUGAAAAUAUUCUCAUUACAGAAGAAGACGAAAAGCGUUUUAUUUCUGAGAAAGAACUUUCUGAAAUGUAUGCAGAGUACCCACCAUGCCCUAGGUGCAAAGUACAUUCCGACAAAAGAAUAAACAAAAAAGAACUUUUGGAGAUAUGGGGGGAGGGUGAACUGUAGGAACUGUAAGAACACUUGGUAACGUACAGCUUUAGACAUGGGGAUCGGACUUCCGGAAGCUGCGGUUCAUAACGUUGAUGAAAAUGUUGAAUUGUUAACUGCAGAUAGGAUUAAACGUUGGAAAUAAUUGUAUCUUUAAUAUGUAAUAUUUCGUUUCAAGGGCUUACCUUGUACUACAUGUAAGAUCAUAAGGCAAUUGUCUAAAAUCAAUAUAGCUAUUAACAUUCUAUAAAUCAUAAAUCUUAAAUAUUUUAACAUUUUAAAGGAAUAUAUAGUUGAUUUUUGCGAGAACACUGGCUUUUAGUCGAGGGACUUCGUUAUGUGCGGGUGUACAACAUUUUUGAUCGCUAAAAAAGCAGAUUACAGUUAAAAUUUGAACUGGUUAAUUGUUUGAAAAUAAUAUUUAUGUAACAUAAAAUUGGAAUAUAUUUCAUUUAGCAAUGCAAUUUUCCAAAAUCUAGCUCUUUUUUCAAUGUCUUUGACGUAUUUGACACACCGAUAAGACAUAAAAAGCCCAUUAGAACAAAAUCACACAUGUGGGUUGUAGUUCUUUAUUUUCGUAUUUCUAUUACGCUAUACUGGAUAUAAUUUAUUAUUUUUACACGCUAUGCUUAAUAUACUUUAGACAUUUUUUUUCAAUAAUCAGGAAUCAAGAAAGAUUUGCUCAUGUUGAAAUGAUUUUUUGCUUAUCUAGCAGAAAAGUUUUUUUUUUAUUAUAACAAACUAUUCAUUUGUGUAUAGUUAAUAAAUUAACAACAUCGAAAAUAUUUAUUUCAUAUGGUUAGGAAUUAAAAAAAAACUAACAAAAACAUUUUUU